UCCAUAAUUGACUUAACUAAUCCUAUACUCAUUUUCAUAUCUCUCUCUUUUCCAAUACUACAACUCUUUCAAUUACUCAGAGAGAUAUAGAUGGGUGCAGCAGGAAACUCCCCAUGCGCAUCAUGCAAGCUGCUGAGACGCCGCUGUGCAAAGGAUUGCAUAUUUGCUCCUUACUUCCCUUCCGAUGAUCCUCACAAAUUUGCCAUUGUUCAUAAGGUCUUUGGUGCCAGCAAUAUCAGCAAAAUGUUACAGGAGCUUCCGGUUGAUAAAAGAGCGGAUGCAGUGAGCAGUUUAGUGUAUGAAGCAAAUGCAAGGAUGAGAGAUCCUGUAUAUGGCUGUGUUGGUGCCAUAUCUUACUUACAAAACCAAGUUUCCCAACUACAGAUGCAACUAGCACUAGCUCAAGCUGAGAUCCUCUGCAUCCAAAUGCCAUCAUCACAAGAUCAUCAGCCACCUAAUUAUUUAUUGCCAAUGAGUCCACCAAUACAUGAAUUAGUAGCUGCAGAUGAUGAAAAGUCAUUCUUGAACCUCUCUCACUACCUCAACAACUUUGAGUCUAGCAGCUCUCACACAUGUAAUUCAGAUAUCUCUCAAGAGGGAGUCUUUCUUUGGACAGGACAAUACGAUGGGAGCUUGGAGCAAUGGUAAAGUUGUAAUCGUGUGAACUAUGAGUCACGGGUUCGAACGUUGAAUCAACCACUUAGUAUUAAUUUUUACCCCAUUGUACUUUCUCUCUUUCCCUCUUGUUGAAAUGAGGAUUAGAGAAUGGAGGGUUUUUGUUUCUUCAACUAAUAUGAUCAGCAAUAGUAUGAACAAGAUAAUGUAUUACAGUUAAACUAAAGAUUAGAUUUAUUAAUUUGUCUGGAGAAGAUGGUGACUUGGUAAGUCAACCUAGCAUGUGAGAGGUGAAAUAUAAAUUUAUAGUAAGGUAAGAAGAGGUUUUCAUAAACAUUAUUCU